AGUUCAGUAUUUACCUAUCUUUCUCUCAUUCCAUCGUCUCGAUUACACAACACUCUGCGCGAAUUUCAUCUCUGAAAACAAAAAUGGAUCCUUCAGUUGCAGAUCUCAAUUCUCCUCAUUCCAUGGGGACCACAAUCAUCGGCGUCACCUACAACGGCGGCGUUGUCCUUGGUGCCGACUCUCGUACCAGCACCGGAAUGUAUGUGGCCAAUAGGGCGUCAGACAAGAUCACCCAGCUUACUGAUAACGUUUAUAUCUGCCGCUCCGGAUCGGCUGCUGAUUCACAGAUUGUUUCUGAUUAUGUGCGUUAUUAUCUCCAUCAGCACACGAUACAGUCGGGACAGCCUGCAACUGUAAAAGUUGCUGCUAAUUUGGUCAGGCUAAUAGCAUAUGGUAACAAGAAUAUGUUGCAAACUGGCAUGAUUGUUGGGGGUUGGGAUAAGUAUGAAGGAGGCAAGAUAUAUGGAAUACCUCUUGGUGGGACAAUUGUAGAGCAGCCUUUCACAAUUGGAGGAUCUGGCUCUUCUUACUUGUAUGGAUUUUUUGACCAAGCUUGGAAGGAAGGAAUGACAAGAGAGGAAGCUGAGAAACUAGUAGUGACGGCUGUUUCUCUUGCUAUUGCUCGAGAUGGGGCUAGUGGUGGUGUUGUGCGCACUGUUACUAUAAAUUCCGAGGGAGUGAGUAGAAAGUUCUAUCCUGGCGAUCAACUCCCACUGUGGCACGACGAAUUGGAGGCACAUAAUUCACUCUUGGACAUAUUGCCAUCAUCGUCGAGUCCCGAACCAAUGGUUAGCUGAUCGAACCGCGUUUGUUUCCUUUUUUCUUUUCUUAAUUCUACCAUUUCUAGUCUCUACUUACCUGUGUUUCUCAGAUGAUGAUUUAUUUCUAUGUUUUGGAAUAUCACUAUGCAUUUCCUGUAAUUCAGUUAAAAGAUUUCUAUGAAACUUAUUAUUGACUAGAGACUUCUGAUGUUGAUCAAAAUUGGCAAAUUGAUCCCCAGAUUUAUCUGG